ACUUCCCCCCCUUUUUCUCUUCCCUGUCCUCUGCAUUUCGCGAACUGAGCAUUCGUCGCUCGUCAGUCGUCACCGUCACUUCACCCCGACACCGAAACGCCGCAGCACCACCAGCAGCCCAGCCGCGCACGGCGGAGCGAGAGCAGGCAGCGAUGGAGCGCCCCAUCAUCCCGGCGACCCCUCCUUCCCUCGAUCGGCACGGCGAAGCUCUCCCGUCCCAGAGGACGAGGAACGACGUCUGCUUCAACUGCAACAAGCAGGGCCACUGGAGGAAGGACUGCCCCGGCCAGCCCCCCGCCGGAUCGCACCCGCCCGCCGCCGCCGCGGCGUUUCCUUCCCUCGAUCGGCGAAAUGGGGCUCCGUCUCAGGGGAUGAGGAACGACACCUGCUUCUCCUGUAAGAAACAGGGCCACUGGACGAAAGACUGCCCCGACAAGUCCCCGUCCAAGUCGUCGCAGCAGCCGCCGUCCGCCGACGUACCGGUGCUCCAGUGCCGGUGCGGUGCCGGCGCAUGCGUCGUCCGCACCUCCCAUACCCAGCAGAACCCGGAUAGGAAGUUCUACAAGUGCCUCGAGAGAGCCCCUGAUGGUGAUGGUGUUGGUGGGUGUGGUUUCUUUGCGUGGUGCGACGAGUACAGCGCUCCGAUGUGUACCUGUGGUGCUGGGAGAUGCAGGAUCAGCUUUUUUGAGGAUCCUCCGCAUCAGGGUAGAAAAUAUUUUUCUUGCCGUAUUAAAAAGGGACAUGGAGCUUGUGAUUUCUUUCAAUGGGCAGAUUUUCUGGCAGAAAAUGUGGCCUCCAAAGAUGUUGCGACUUCUGUUGUUGCACCUCCGGAAGUCAUGGAAAUUGAGUCGACAAUGGUGGAUGCUGGUGAAGAUUACGAGGUAGAUCCAUUAUCGAUGAUGGAUAGUGGAGAGAUUCAAGGAGUCAUUUGCAGAUUCUCUGCACAGGAACGUGAUGUGAGGGGUUUGGAGAGUGAGAGUUUGACUCCCGAGGGCAAUUUGGAUACUCAAGAGUUAACUGUGGAGGAUGUGGAUUUGGGGGAGUCUACUCCAGAGCAAAUGCAGCUUGUUUCUUGUCUAACAUCUCCAGCUAGUCUCAGACAGCAAGAAUACUUGAGGCGGAUAUCAGCUGCUGGUGGCAUGCUUGCUGGAAGUAGAGAUAAUGUCGAUAUGCUCAGGGGCGGUAUAGUUAUAAGCUGGCAUGGGCGUCUUGCUUUCUCUCCUCGGGCAAGCUUAGCUCAUCCAUCUCCAACGCGUUCCUUCUGUGGAAUUUUUCCUUCUCUCGCUGUUGAUCAUAUGGACAUCAGUAGCAUUGAGCAAAGUCAUGUACCUCAAGCUUCUAUGGAAUCUGAUAUCGACAAUCAAAACCUCCGGGUUUCUGUCAGCAACAGCUUCUUGGCAGAGCAUGUGUCUAGAACAAGAAGUGAAGUUUCCAGAUUCCAAAGUCAUCCUGAAUUGGUGUCAAACCAUUGGAGCAGAGGGAAAGUGUCGGUGUUAAAUCAGAUGGCAAAGCUGGUUCAGAAAGACAUCAUUGAUCUGCUUGAGAAGAAUUCGCUUGAUCACGCACAUCUGGAACAGGAGGCUAGAGAUCGCCUUGACUGUCUAGAUUUUCUCCCUGUUGACAAUAGCCAAUUCAAAGAGGAAGUGAAGGAGGUCCUCCUCUGUGCUUCCCGGCUUGCAGAAGCUGAACGUCCCAUCAAUGAAACUGCAAUGCCCGACAUCCUAGAGCACUUCAGUUGUGCAAAGAAGAGGUUUAAUGAUGUAUCCGAGAAACAUUCAGUGACAUCGGGUGCAUAUGCUGCUUGUGAUGGACGACACAAAUGUCUCCAAGAAGAUUACCGCCGUGCGAAGGAGACAAUGCUCAGGAUCGAGGCAGAGUUGCAUGGGUGCGAGGUGGAGCGCGCGGAGCUCCAGGGAUGGCUUGCCGAGACAACUCGAGAGCUGGUAGAAACCAAGAGCAGCAUGGAGGAAGCUUCUCGGGAAGUUUCCUUGGUGGUGCAACGUAGGGAAAGUGAGAGGUGCGCCGCAAGGGCUGCCUUGGAUAAGGCAAGGCUCCAACUCCGCAGUAAUCUUCGAAAAAGAGCAUCCGUGGUAACUAACCAACUUUAAAAUACUACGAUCUGCAUGUUCCGUGUUUAACUCUAUGCCUGUACCUAUUACGUCCCGUCUUCUGUACCCUAUAUAUGCAUGUAAAAGCUAGUUUUAACCGGUGUAAGUGAACCAAGCAUGACUCAGUUCUUUAAGCAUGACAUGUGAACAUCAGACUCUGUUUCUCUGUUAAACUGGAAUAGCUUGUUAGUUGUAUGACUCAUCUCUCUCUACCUCUC